AUGGCAACCGCGCUCGUCGCCCUCGCCUCGUCCGCCCACUCGAUGGCCACCUCCCUCCUCAGCGCCGCCGAGGUCAAGGUCGGCUCCACGAUCCCCAUCAAGGUCCCCGUCAAAGAGUCCGCCCCCAACGAGUCCUUCACGUUCGAGAACAUCUCCGGCAAGAGCGUCAUCGUCGGCGUCCCCGGCGCGUUCACCGGGACGUGCUCGAAGCAGGUCCCAGGCUACAUUGACGCCUUCGAGCAGUUCAAGGCAAAGGGGAUCGACAACAUUUUCGUCGUCGCCGUCAACGACGUCUUCGUUAUGAAGGCGUGGAAGGCCAGCCUCGCACCCCAGGGCACGCCGGUGCGCUUCAUCGCGGACGACCAGGGCGCGUUCGUCGGCGCGCUCGGCAUGCUUUUCGACGCGUCCCCGCUGCUCGGUGGCCCCCGCUCCAAGCGGUUCGUCCUCGUCGUCGACGGAGACACGAUCUCACACCUCGCUGUCGAGGCCGUGCCGAGCGAGCUGACGACGACGGCGGCGGACAAGGUGCUCCCGUGGCUCUGA